AUGGAGCCCGUUCCUGAGACGAAGCGCAUGGAGGAGUUCAAGCGCUUCCCCGUGACCCCCCUGCGUCACGCCAACGUCAACGCCAACGGUCACGCCGCCGUCAAUGGCCAUGCCGCCGCCGCCAACGCCGACGUGAGGCCCGGCAGCCCCGGCUCCAACGUGACCGCCUUCGACCUCGACCUCGACUUGAGCCUCUUUCGGAAGCCGCCGCCGAUGCGGCGCAGCACCGACCCGAACCCGACCUUCUCGCCCGUGGCGCCCUCGACGCCGUCGUGGUCCCCGUCGACCAUGGCCUCGCUCCCCUACCGCCCCCGAACGGCCUCGCCGCUUUCCGGUUCGCACGCGCGCUCCCGCAGCAUGGCCGUGCCCAUGUCGCGCACCCAGUCCAUGCCCGGCCACAUGCUCGGCUCGCCCCAGCUGCGGUCGGCGAGUCCCUCGAGGUCGCCGAGCCGCACCCGCGUGCCGCGCAAGCCCGCCGACGACGUCUUUCCCCUCUCCUCGCCCGUUCGGGCCUCGGUCGUCGAUCUUGAGCGCCGCCCCACGCCGGCCGACCGCAGCGGUUCGCCCAUCCUCGGCACCUCAUGCGGCGCCUGGUCGAGCCGGCUGCUGAGGCCGGCCUCUCCCCUGCGAAACCUGGCGAGCGCGAGCCACGGUGCCCUGCCCCCGCUGCCGUCGACGCCGUCGUCGAGCCCGUCCAUGUCUUCGUCGUCGAGGUCCUACGACGCCUUUGCACCCUACGGCGGCUACGGCUACGGCGGCUACGGAGGCGCCCUCUCCUCGGUGCCCUCGACGCCCACGUCGGCGAGGUCGCGCAGCCCGAGCAUAUCGAGCUUGGAAACCAUUCCCGACUCGCCCGACGCCGAGGAGGCGGCCCUCGAGGCCGAGAGGCUGGCCCAGUUGAAGGCGGCCGCCGACGCCGCCGACGGCAGCGGCGACGGCUCCGACCACAAGGCACGCGCCACGUCCGACACCCCUCUGCGGGGACGCACCAUGAUGUACGGCGCCAGGGACAAGCGCAAGCGAUGGAGCGUCUGCGGCGCCGAACGGAGGGGGGAUCUCGACCUCGAGACCAUCUGGGAGGAUUGA